GCAGGUCUCCAGGCGGCAAGGCCCCCUUUGAUCAGGAAAAUCCAAUUAUUUGUGUAUAUACAUUUCCCACAUAGUGAUUACUUCAUUAAUUGUCCCGCCUUUAUCUCCUCCCUUCCCAUCCCCCCUAAUAAUCAGUUCUUUUAUCCAGACCAACAAACACACCAUAGGAGCUUUGUGGAUUCAAAGGAUUUGCUUUCGCUUCUGAAAGAGCCGCUAUUCUUUGAUGAUUGGGUAGCGGCAAACUUCAAAGCCAUAAAUCUUCCCUCUGACUGGCUGGCGGCCCAGCAAAGUCCUUAUCAAAUUCUUGGAGGUGAUCCUGAAGCGCUCAGACCGCGCGCGGGGCGAGCGAGCGGGGCGCGGCGAGGGGCGAGGGCGGGGAGGGCCCCGGCGCUCAGAGCAGGCGCCAGGGAGGCAGGCUGGGCGGCCCUUCGUCCUCGCCUUCGGGUGUCCAUGCCUCGGCGGCGGCGUCCCGCUCCGCAGCCAGGGGCCUGCAAGCCGUAGCCAUGGCCGCGGUGGCCGUCCUCCGGAACGACUCGCUGCAGGCCUUUCUCCAGGACCGCACCCCCAGCGCCUCCCCGGACCUGGGCAAGCACUCGCCCCUGGCAUUGCUGGCCGCCACCUGUAGCCGCAUCGGCCAGCCGGGCGCGGCGGCGCCCCCGGACUUCCUGCAGGUGCCCUACGACCCCGCGCUGGGCUCACCCUCCAGGCUCUUCCACCCGUGGACCGCCGACAUGCCGGCGCACUCGCCAGGCGCACUGCCGCCCCCGCACCCCAGCUUGGGGCUGACGCCGCAGAAGACGCACCUGCAGCCGUCCUUCGGGGCUGCGCACGAGCUUCCCCUCACACCCCCCGCCGACCCCUCUUACCCCUACGAGUUCUCGCCGGUCAAGAUGCUGCCCUCGAGCAUGGCGGCUCUGCCCGCCAGCUGCGCGCCCACCUACGUGCCCUACGCGGCGCAGGCCGCGCUCCCGCCAGGCUACUCCAACCUGCUGCCUCCGCCGCCGCCACCGCCCCCGCCGCCCACCUGCCGCCAGUUGUCACCCAACCCGGCCCCCGACGACCUCCCGUGGUGGAGCAUCCCGCAGGCGGGCGCCGGGCCGGGGGCCUCCGGGGUUCCGGGAAGCGGCCUCUCCGGCGCCUGUGCCGGGGCCCCCCACGCGCCCCGCUUCCCCGCCUCUGCGGCCGCUGCUGCUGCGGCCGCCGCCGCCCUACAAAGAGGCCUGGUGUUGGGCCCGUCGGACUUUGCGCAGUACCAGAGCCAGAUCGCCGCGCUGCUGCAGACCAAGGCCCCCCUGGCGGCCACGGCCAGGAGGUGCCGCCGCUGCCGCUGUCCCAACUGCCAGGCGGCGGGCGGCGCCCCCGAGGCGGAGCCGGGGAAGAAGAAGCAGCACGUGUGCCACGUGCCGGGCUGCGGCAAGGUGUACGGGAAGACGUCGCACCUGAAGGCGCACCUGCGCUGGCACACGGGCGAGCGACCUUUCGUGUGCAACUGGCUCUUCUGCGGGAAGAGCUUCACGCGCUCGGACGAGCUGCAGCGGCACCUGCGGACUCACACGGGCGAGAAGCGCUUCUCCUGUCCCGAGUGCGGCAAGCGCUUCAUGCGCAGCGACCACCUCGCGAAGCACGUCAAGACUCAUCAGAAUAAGAAGCUCAAAGUCGCUGAGGCCGGGGUUAAGCGGGAGGACGCGCGGGACCUGUGAGCCCUCCCGGAGGUGGACCCGCUUCCCAGCACCUCUGCGGGAGAUCCGGGGACCUGUGGGCAGCUGGCGGAGGGGAGACUCAGCAGACGGACCCUCUCCGUUGCCUGCCUCCCAAAAUGGAGCCAGGCUCCCAACUUCCUCUGCCCUCGGACAUAGGGACCCAGUUCCCAGGAGCGGGGAGGUAGGGUUGGGGCUGGGGCAUUUGGAUUAUAAUUGGGAGCUCUGCCUUACGCCAGGGCGGUUCCAAACUCUAAACCGUUCCCACCGUCAGGGAGACCUACAGUUUUGGGGGACCACCCUGGGCUGGCCUUGUAUAUAGGAAAUGCUGCUGAAUUGAAGCGAAAGGAACUUGGGAGAUUUGAAACAGUGCUCGGGUUUUCGCUAGGACCGGUUUGGGCUUUGUACAGGUUAUUUAAUAGCUUUGUUAAAGAUAAUUAUAAUAAUUAUAACAUUAAUAAAAAUGUUGCUUUUGUCUUCAGCUCCAUGCAGAGCUACAGCAUGAUAUGUCUCUGUAAAGUGAUCAGCAGUUGCAGCGUGAAAAUAAAUACUUUAACUCAGGGGUCACUACAGGAAGACCCCGCUGAGCCGGUCUCAUUUGAUCUUUUCUUCUUCUGGGUGGCUGUGCUAAGCGGUCGGGUUUCCCCGGGAAUUUGAUGGUUCCUAUAGUCUGCCUGUGUCGGAGGCUUCUUUGGUUUGGAAGGAUCUGGGCAAAUGUGUUGGGUUCAGGAAUGGACAAAGGCAGGCAAUUCCGUUUUGUGGUAAAGAGGUAGGGCAAGAUUUUCCAAUCACAAUUUGAGUUUCUCUUGCAGCCUUAGGAUUCACCCGAGACUGUUUCUCUUCCAAGUUUGUUUUUACCUGACGAAUUCCCUGUGGCUUUCUAUUUGUUGGUACUCUCGGGACAGGUCACAACUAUGCUGGUGUUAAGAGAGGUAUUAGAGGCGCCAGGAUCUGUUCACAGGUGAGACUUUGUGGAGAGAUACAGAGAAACGGGACCCUUGUUCAGGUUGGUCUUUGCCUGGGAAAGAACCAAGAAGAUAGUUUCCCAGACGCCACUCCUGUAUUUCAGUCCCGUCACGAUACCCAGCGUUGUCUUGCUUGUUUUCUUUUUAAUCUUGCGAUGGACGUCUUAACAAGUCUUAUUUCACAGUAACCACCCAGGAAUUUCUGGCUAGGCCAGGACGUUUAGUUCCAUUUUGUAUCUGAAUUUUAUGAUGUUUUUAAUCAUUGAAGUAGUCUAAGAUUUUCUCAGGGAAGAGCCAGGAAUACUCAUGGUUUGGAAAUGUGGAAAUAGGGUAGUUUUUGUCUAGGUGCCUCGCCUUUCUCUAAAAGUUGAAGUUUUGAAGUUUACAAAUGUUUUAUCAAGUGUCUUAACUCCUUGAUAUUUUCUAAUAUUUGAGUUUUUAAACCUGUAACUGAAACUUUUAUCAGCAGUUAAAUCUUGAUUUAAGAUUAGCAAAGAACAGAAAAUGUUCUAAAUUUUAUUAACAUGUUAAGCUAGCAUCAUUAAUGCCAAAUUUUAAUAGAGCCGAAUAAUCUUUUCAUGAUAGUUGAAGUGUGUACAAAUUGAUAGGAUUUCACAGUUUACAAACUGCUUUUACCUUGCCUUUUGUUUGAAGUCAAACUGAAGGAUCAGUUCUUAAAAGCUUUGAGGGUUGUUCUUGAAUUCUUAUACGAAGUAAAACACAAAUAUCAACAUAAUUCAGAUGAAAAUUACUUUUAUACUCCUAAAAAAUGGCAUUUUUAUUCUGUAACUUGGGACAAGGUAGUAAAUGAAUAUUAGAUUCAUAGUGGCAAUAUACCUUAGAAUAAGAGAUAUUGGAACUAUUUAAUGACUAAUUAGAAUGUGAGUCUUCAUGGUUCUUCACCUGGGAAGAGGAGUUUGGGUUACAUUUUCAAGGGUGUGGCAGUUUUGCAAGCAAUAGUGAUAAAGUUGCUAGGCAGUAAUAUUAAUAUACACUUAAAUAUGUAAUCUUAAUCAAAAUCAUUAGAUCUAAGUCAUUAGAUCAAGACUACACAUUUUGAUGUCUAAAGCAAUGUGAAAAGUUAUAGAAACUCUCACCUUUCUCUAAAAAGUUACAGAAACUCCCAUCUGAACCAUGCCCUGGGAUCAACUAUAGAUUCAGAAAAGGAUUUUUGGAAAGUGGUGAGAAAGAGGAAUCCUUGUUAGAGAGUGAAAAGACCAAGGGCUUUGGACUCAAAAUUUGAAAUGAUUCUUUCAUCUGAAAGAAUGACCUUGGUAGAGAAAGAAAAAUGGCAAUUUAAAAAUGAGUCUACUAGCUAUUAUUGAC